ACUAUGGAGAAAACAUGUAGUAGAAUGUUUUUCCGUUUUGAUACCUUCCUUAUUUCCACAAUUUUGUUUCGGUUUUAAUUAACGUAAACAUCGCAUGUUCUGGACACGCGUUUUUGAACCCUAUUCCUGCCGUCCGAGCGGCUGUGGGGAAACAGCCAGCAUCAGUCACCAUAGAGCAAAAGAAAGGAAAAAGGAAGACAUAAGAAAAAGAAAAAGGAGAUUACUCAAUCAGUUGAACAACUCAGUGGAGAUCCUGAUCGGAACUCCAAAUUAAUGAAGUUUGGUGUUUCAAAAUAAGGUUGAAUGGCAAGAAUCAAUAAAGGAAAGAGGAAGCGAAUCAGCGAGAAAAGAAACACAAAGAGCGAAGAGUUUGAAGGGGACUAAAUGCGUUUAUGAGAUCACGUUUGUUGAUUAAUCCUGCGGAGAUUCGUACCAACUGUAGAAACCCCUACAUGCAGUUAUUUGUUUUUUUUUUUUUUUCGUUCCUUUCAUGCAGUUACAUGCAGACGUCGAGGAAAGGCAAACACGAGCGCACAUCAAAAUAAGAAAUGAUGUAUAUGAAAAGCAACGUCUAAAACUUUUAGAGGUAAGCUGUUUUUUCUCGGGUUUUUCCUUUUUUGCCCUGUUCUCAGGGAUUUCGCUUACGAGAUCUUUCCUACCUAUGGACAAACAUCCCUUUGAUUUCCUUUGAUUCUGUGUGAACGAGUCGCUGUGUAUUGCGGCCCGAUGUUUUCUCGUGCGUUGACAAUACACGUCACCUAAACAUUCGUCAGCAAAAGAUGAUCCGUGAUUCUUCGAAAGGUUCUACGAUUACCUGCCCGAUGAUUACGUCAUGCAUACGAAGAUGGAAACCAGUAUAAACGGAGUGGGACACACAACUAUAAAUUACUUGUAAACAACCAUAACGGUAGAACACGGAUUUAUUAGAAGAUGUCUCAAACUGCUGUAGCUGAUUUUGGUCUUAUUGGCUUGGCCGUAAUGGGUCAAAACCUCAUUUUAAACGGUGCUGACAAAGGUUUCACCGUUUGCGCUUUCAACCGUACUGUCUCAAAGGUCGAUAAUUUCAUGGACAACGAAGCCAAGGGCAAGUCCAUCGUUGGUGCUCAUUCUGUCGAAGAAUUCGUUGCCAAGUUGAAGAAGCCUCGUGUUGCUAUUUUGCUCGUUAAGGCUGGACCUGCCGUCGAUUCCUUCGUCGAAAUGUUACUUCCUCAUCUUGAAGAAGGUGACAUCAUCGUUGAUGGUGGUAACUCUCACUAUCCUGAUACCACCCGUCGUUGUGAAGACUUGGCCAAGAAGGGCAUUCUCUUUGUUGGCUCUGGUGUUUCUGGCGGUGAAGAGGGUGCUCGUCAUGGUCCCUCUUUGAUGCCCGGCGGAAACCCUGCUGCCUGGCCUCGUAUCAAGCCCAUUUUCCAAUCUCUUGCCGCCAAGGCAGGUAAGGAUGAGCCUUGCUGCGACUGGGUUGGUGAACAAGGUGCUGGUCACUAUGUUAAGAUGGUCCACAACGGUAUUGAAUACGGCGAUAUGCAAUUGAUUUGCGAAACCUAUGAUAUCCUCAAGCGUGGCCUUGGCUUGUCUGUUGAUGAGAUCGCUUCCAUCUUUGAACAAUGGAAUAAGGGUAAGCUCGACUCUUUCUUGAUUGAAAUUACUCGUGAUGUUUUGCGUUUCAAGGCCGAUGAUGGCAAGUCCAUGGUUGAAAAGAUCCUUGAUGCUGCCGGUCAAAAGGGUACCGGUAAGUGGACCGGUCAAAAUGCUUUGGAAAUGGGUACUCCCGUCACUUUGAUUUCCGAAGCUGUUUUUGCUCGUAGCCUUUCCUCUUUGAAGGGUGAGCGUGUUCGUGCUUCUGAGAAGCUCGCUGGUCCUACCGCCAAGUUCACCGGUGACAAGCAACAAUUCCUUAAUGACUUGGAAGAUGCUUUGUAUGCCUCCAAGAUUAUUUCUUAUGCUCAAGGUUUCAUGCUUAUGCGUGAGGCUGCUAAGGAGUACGGCUGGAAGCUCAACAACGCCGGUAUUGCCUUGAUGUGGCGUGGUGGUUGCAUCAUCCGCUCUGUUUUCCUCAAGGAUAUCACUGAAGCUUUCCGUGAAGAUCCUAAGCUUGAGUCUAUUCUCUUCCAUCCCUUCUUCAGAGAUGCCAUCCACAAGGCUCAAGGUGGCUGGCGUCGCGUUGUUUCCCAAGCUGCUCUCUUGGGAAUUCCUACUCCUGCCACUUCUACUGGUCUUGCUUUCUACGACGGCUACCGUAGCUCCGUCUUGCCUGCUGGUUUAUUGCAAGCUCAACGUGACUACUUCGGUGCUCAUACCUUCCGUGUUUUGCCUGAUGAGGCUAAUGAGACUUUCCCUGCUGACAAGGAUAUUCAUAUCAACUGGACCGGCCGUGGUGGUAAUGUCAGUGCUUCUACUUACAUUGCCUAAAUACGUUUAUAAUUGAUUUUUUCUAUGUUAGUUGCAUAACGUGUUGUAUAUUUUCUUUGUAUGUACAAAUAAAUGAAAAAAAUGUCUUUCAUGUCUAUGUAUAUUCAAGGUGACAUUUGCUGAUAGAU